UGAAUGGAGAUACGGUUGAACAUGAUGACCCUGUGCAGGACUUGCCUGCAGGAUGGCGAAGCCCAAAUGGUGUCCAUCUUCCAGACAGCGGACGAUAAGCUGUCCGGUGGCGUAUCCCUCUGCGACAAAAUUGAAAGUUUGAGUGGAAUUCAGAUAAAAGCAAUAGAAGAGGAUGCGCUGCCCACGAGAAUCUGCCUCAGAUGUAAGGCAUUCCUAACUCUGGCUCACAAAUUCCGACAGAUUUGCCAGCGCUCUAAUGAAUUUCUUAGGGAAUACGUGGUAAAGGACGCAGUCGAGCAAGUGGUGGUCAAGGACGUGGUGCAACAGGUGGGUCCUGCAACUCAGCCCAUCGAGACUGAGCAGUUCGAAUCACUUGAGGAGGAGCUACUUGAAGAGGGAGUUUGGUCCACGGAAGAUCCCAUCGAGGAAACGCCACCUGAACCAGCGGAAAAGGAGAUACCGACGGUUCUGACGGUACAAACGCUUCCUGCUCCUUAUCCUGCGCCAGAACCUGCUCCUGCUGUUGCAGUCACUGCUAAAUUACAUGUGUGCGAGAUCUGUGGCAACGGUUAUCCCAGGAAGAGCACCCUUGACACCCAUAUGCGAAGGCACAACGAUGAGCGGCCCUACGAGUGCGAGAUCUGUCACAAGAGCUUUCACGUCAACUACCAGCUAAAGCGCCACAUCCGCCAGCACACGGGAGCUAAGCCAUAUACCUGCCAAUAUUGCCAUCGCAGCUUCGCAGAUCGCACUUCUCUCGUUAAGCAUGAAAGAACCCAUCGAAAUGAGCGUCCUUAUGCCUGCCACACCUGCGGAAAGAAGUUCACAUACGCCAGUGUCCUUAAAAUGCAUUACAAAACACACACGGGAGAGAAGCCCUACAUAUGCCAACUCUGCAACAAAAGCUUCGCUCGCAUUCACAAUCUCGUGGCACAUCUGCAAACCCAACAGCAUAUAAAUGAUCCACAACUGACUGGUUAUUUGAGUACUUUUAAAGUGGGGAAUACUGUAGCUAAUGCUUAACAAUUGCACAAUUUUAAGUAAUAUAAAAUAGGAUAUUUGAUAAGAUCGUGAAAGUACCAAACUUUAAACUGUUGAUUUUAUGAUUAAAUGUUAAAACUCUGUAUA